AUGAAGCUUACUAUUUGUUUCCUAUUGGUUGGUGCUACUUUGUACGCAAGGGCAACUAUCAAAAACUCUGAUACCGUGGACGCAGCACUGCAAACACCGCUGACGGAUGGAAUCAUGGGAUUCGGGUUGGAGAUUCUUCUAACCAAACUAGAACACCUGGAUCAUCAAAUGCGGGAACUUCGACUGCAGAUGAAUGCUCUACCGGAGAAAAUGGCAGGCAUGCAAUGCUUCUACGAGAAAACACCACCAACUCAGGGACACAAGAUACCUCCUUUUACCUCGUGUAAGAACGUGCCAUCAAAAUCAUCGGGAGUGUAUUUUAUCAGUGUAAACAACGAUAGUGCACCGAUCAAGGUUUACUGUGAGCAGGAGAAAUUUGGUGGCGGCUGGAUUGUAGUGCAACAUCGAUUCGAUGGCUCGGUUAAUUUUUAUCGGAACUGGACGCAAUACCGAGAAGUAAUCGAGAUGAAGGGUUUCAGUGGUGACUACGGGUUCGCCCGCUACGAUGGGUUUCAAGUAGGCGGUGAGGAUGAGCAGUACACCCUACAAACCCUGGGAUCAUACAGUGGCACUGCCGGUGAUUCAUUAUCGGAUCUUAAUCUGUGGGCGAAAUUUUCGACGUACGAUCGGGAUAAUGAUUUGUCUCCCGAUGAGCAUUUCGCCGUUCAUUACGAAGCCGCUUGGUGGUAG